GAGAGGGGGAAUGCAAGGGAGCAAGUCUUGCCUGGCGAGCAAAAGGAGAUGGCCAUGGCGAGCAACGUGGGGCAAGAGAGCGAGAUGAGCAAGCUGAAACAUCAGGACGAGCUGGCUGAGCAAAGGAGGAAACACACAGAAGCGAUCAACGCGAUGAAGAAAGACUACGAGGAGAGGCUGCAGGCUGCUGAUCGUUACGCCAAGGACGCUAUCGACUCGCUGAAUGCCGUCAUCGCGAUGAAGGAUGAAGAGCUUCAGGGGAUCAGAGGAGGAGACGAUGAGGGUGAGCGCCUGAGACAGGAGUUGGCAGAGAAGGAAGAGGCGAUCGUGAAGCUGCAAGAGAUUGUCGCGUCCGAGAUUGCUGAGCGAGAAGCAAUGAACCAGGAGCUUGAUUCUGCAAGGAAGCAGAUCAAGGACCUCCAAGUCCUGCUGAAACAGAAGAGCGAUCAGAUGGCUGAGCUCAACAAGAAGGAGGACCUCAGCAGGCAGGUCAAGGAGCAGAGUGGAGCGGUCGACAAUCUCUUGGUACAGCUGCAGAAGCAACAAGAAGUUAUCGAGGAGAUGAAGCAACAGCUGCAGGAGAGUGAGCAGCAGGCAGAAGAGCUGGCCCAGUGCAAGACUGUGAUCGAGCAGCUCGAGAAGCACAAGAGCGAGGUCGAUGGAUUCCUGGACACUGUGGUGGAGGAGCGAAGGCACAGGGACAUGGUGGUGGAGGAGCUGAAGAAGCUGAGGAUCAUGGUGCAGCAGAAGGACGCACUCAUCGAAGAGCUGAACCUUCAGCUGCAUAACAGCAGGACGGCUCAGGAUGCGAGCGGAACCACCUUGUUCAAGAUGCAGCAGAUGAGCCGCGAUAUCGACGACCUUCGCUAUGCCGUGCAGGAGCGAGACUCGAUGAUCGCAGAGCUAAACGCCAGGAUGCAGAUCACUGGAGGAGGCAGCCUGUCCAGGAUCUCCAACAUCUCCGAGAGGGAAGCCGUCCUGCUUGAGCAGACAGAGCAGCUGCGCAGGGUCUGCUCGCAGCAGGCGGACAUGCAGCGGCAGCUCGAGCACCUCAAGAACUCGAUGGUAGACCAGCAGAGCUACAUCUCCCAGCAGUUCGACGAGCACAGGAAGUCUCGCUCGCUCGACAUGCAGCUCUCCGCUCAGUCGCAGCAGCUGGCGGCGAUCCAGCAGGGCCUGAACUCGCUGGGUCACGCGUCUAACGGGGGAGGAGGUGCCCACUUGGAGGAGCUCUCCAGACUCCAGCUUGGCAACCACGAAACCCCAGCUCAGCCUAGCAGCUCCAAGGACAUGUUCAAGAACCACGGCUCUAGUGUAGAGGUCGAUCGGAUCUCUGGGGGAAUCCUAACUGUCCCCAGCCCGUCGGAAUACAGUCAGUCAAUGGGUGUGCACGCGGCUGAGAUGAAGGCACUGAAGGCAAGCAAGGUCGCCAAGGCUGCUGCUGCCGCUGCGGCAGUCUCGAGGAAACACGCGGGGAAAGUGAACCUGAUCCCAACGGAGGUGACCAUGUAACGAGUCCUUGCGCCAUCUCUGCCUGUAUAAACUGGAGCUACGUC